UCUACCCGGAGUCAUUUAGGGGACGCACAUAUUACAAUGGCAACCUGUUCGAAGAAUAGCAAGGCUGAUGCUGACGAUGAAAUAAACGAUCCUGGCGCCGCUCCUUACGGUAACUUCAUAAAUUAUUACAGCUUCAACCCUCCGGAGAACCGCCUGAGUCUGAUUCCACCGGCUCUGCUCAGGGAUUUAGGAUACAGUGAUGAGACCACGCUGAUCGUGGACGUGGGCUGUAACUCAGGGGAACUGAGCAUAGCUUUCUACAAACAUCUGGUGCCUGAGGAACAGCCUGAUAGGAGGAAAGUUCACCUCCUGGGCUUCGACUUGGAUGAAACUCUAGUUCAGCGAGCGGAGGAGAUAAACCCUCUGCCAAGCAGAAUCACCUUCAUCCCUCUCGACAUCACCAAAGACACCAACCAGCUGCAGGACUACCUCAGCCUGCAUGGCUGCUCUCACUUCCACUUGUGUCUGUGUCUAGCUGUGACCAUGUGGGUCCAUUUAAACCACGGAGACUUGGGCCUGCUGCAGCUGCUCUCUCGCCUGUCCUCCAUGAGCCAGCACCUUCUGCUGGAGGCCCAGCCCUGGAAGUGUUAUCGCUCUGCAGCCCGGCGGCUGAGGAAGCUGGGACGCUCGGACUUUGACCACUUUAAGACCCUGAAGAUCCGAGGGGAUGUGGCAGAUCAUGCCAGGGAACACCUAGAAAGACACUGUGGCAUGGAGCUAAUCCAGAGCUUUGGCAGCACUGCAUGGGACCGUAAGCUGCUGCUUUUCAGAAAGACGUGAGGGGCUCUGUCAGGAGUUCCCAUCAGCAGGAAGGACAGCAGAAACCACAAAGACAGAUUGAUAUUAAUCAGCAAUUAGUUUGUUUCUUUUAAAGAAAAUUGCUGCUUCAAAUCUAAAGAUUUUAAAGAAGUGAUAAUAAAUAGACUUUGUGCUCUUAAGAGUGCAAGCAAG